AAUAGCUUUUUUCAACCCCGGCCGCUUAUUUCCAAAGCUUGAAGUUGGUUCCCGGUUCCUAGAUUUCCCGGUUUCCCACCUCCCUUGUGCACUCUCGGUUUUCCUGCUUCUCUUUUCUUAAGAAACUGUUUCAAAGGCUCAAGAGCCCUGUAAGACCUUUGAGAAUUAUUGGGCCUUUUAUAAAGGGCUUCUAGAUAGGAAGCUUUGCCUCCUCCAGGAUGGAGAUGCGGUGAUGGGGACUGCUGACUCGUGAGCUGAUUUCCAAAAAAGAAAAGGAAGGAAGAAGCUACAUCUUGUCAGGAAAGGAAAGGUGGCGACCUCACAGCAGCUCAGUUGCAAUCCCUUAACCCAGCCUCGCACCAGUGUGGCCACAGAAUAUACUGGAAGACCCACUCUUCUGCUUUCCCCAUAUAUAUUAAUGCCCGUAAUUUCUCACCAGUUGUGUUCCUCCAACUCACAGCAUCUGAGAAAAGCCAGAGGAGGUUACAUUUUGUAAACUGGAAUGAGCAAAUGAGUCACUUUCAAAAAUGGUUUUGCUCCAUGUGAAGAAUGGUGAUGAGAGCCAAUUUCUGCUGGAGACAACAGGCAGUAUUUCCAUUGAAGAUUUAACACAGGAAGUGACCAAGAUCUACAAUGGAAGGCUCAAAGUUCAUCGUGUUUGUGCAGAAAUAGAAACACUGGCAGAACAUGGUAUUUUCUUACCACCUAACAUGCAAGGUCUGACCGAUGAGCAAAUAGAAGAGCUGAAGCUGAAGGAUGAAUGGGCAGAAAAAUGUAUUCCAAGUGGUGGAAGCACCUUUAAAAAAGAUGAAAUUGGACGAAGAAAUGGCCAUGCUCCAAAUGAAAAAAUGAAACAGGUUUUAAAAGCAACAGUAGAAGAAGCCAAGGCACUAAUAUCUAAGAAACAAGUGCAAGCCAAUGUGUGUGUUAAUAAGGAUAUGGUGAAAGAUGCACUGGACCAGCUCCGAGGAGCUGUAAUGAUUGUUUACCCAAUGGGACUCCCUCCAUAUGACCCAAUUAGAAUGGAGUUUGAAGAUAAAGAAGAUCUGUCAGGAACUCAUGCUGCACUUGAGGUUAUUGAGGAACCAGAGGCACAACUGUGGUGGGCAGCAAAAGAACUGAAGAGAACAAAGCAGCUUUCUGACUAUGUGGGCAAAAAUGAGAAAACCAAAAUUAUUGUGAAGAUACAGAAAAAAGGACAAGGAGCUCCAGCCCGUGAGCCUGUCAUAAGCGGUGAAGAACACAAACAGAUGAUCCUUUUUUAUCACAGAAGGCAAGAGGAACUCAAGAAAUUGGAAGAAAAUGAUGAUGAUUCAUUUUUAGAUUCUGAAUGGGCUGACAGUCAUGCCUUGAAAAGACAUUUUCAUGGUGUAAAGGACAUUAAAUGGAGACCCAAAUGAAGCUAUGUAUGCAGUUUUUUUUCCUUUUUACAAGAUAAAUUAAUCCACUGAGGUUUACAAAUAACAUGGAUGAUAAAAUGUGCAUUAUAAUUAUUGUGAAAUAUUAGCUUCUAGUUUUGUAGAAGUGAUCUAUUGUUAUGAUCGAUUGCAAAAUAUAUUCAGCCUCUUUGACACACUUGCCUUUUAGAAAUAAAAAACUAAAGCUUAUUUUGUGAAUGCACUACAAUAGACUUACAAAUUGGAUGUUUAUAUUUUUAACUAGUUCGCCAGCAUGGCUGUCAUAUUAUUAAACUGGUUGUCGUCAUUCUA